AAUUAUAACAACAAUAUAAUGUGGAGUAGUACUAUAUCGCCAACCAACUCUAAGAAACUGUUGAUCGGAAGCACACGAAGCGUUGAUUAUGUCGGUGAUAGUGCGAGGACAGCAGCAGGCAAUAUCAAAACAGGAGCAGCAGCAGCCGCAGGAGCCAAAGGAUCAAAAGCCAAAGCCACCGCCAUCGCAGCCACCACAGCCACAGCCCCCACAACCAAGAUCUCAAUCGAAAUGGAGCUCCACAUACAGAACAAGUGCAUCUCGGCAUAGCGCAUCACUCUGGAGGGUGGUGCGGAGCCGCCAUGGCUGCAGGGCCCCCUUAAAGCCGCGUUUUUGGGGGCUACUGGGGUCGGCAAAACAAGCAUACUACAGGACUCAUCAGACGACAACUCAUCGCAAGAUCUACAAAAACUGUCUGGUCUGCGACACCUGCAUACGUGAGCUGAUGGUACUGGACGUUCCUCCCCAGAAGCGAUUUCCGGCUGACAACUUCGCCGAGUGGAACAACGGACAUCCGCUGGGGCUGCGAACGGUGCACGCCUAUGUCUUGGUCUACGACAUGGGCAACUUGGAGACCUUUCAAUACUGCCGCUCGAUGAGAGAUCAGAUCUUGGACAGUUUCAGUCAUCGUGAUUUUAGCAUAAUUGUGGUCGGCAAUAAAUUUGACAAUGUGACUGAGGCGCAGGCCAACUCCCAGGAGCUCAAGGACAUUUCCACGCUGGUGCGCAAACAUUGGCGCUGCGGCUACGUCGAGUGCUCGGCGCAAUAUAACUACAAAAUCGGAGACGUUUUCCGUGAGCUGAUGGGUUGCACCAGCACGGGAGGAGGCGGCGGCGCCGGCGGAGGCGGAGGCAUGGCCGGGGUCGGUGGCCUGGUUGGCACUGAGUACUCACAAUCAACUAGGAAUAAAGGACGCUGUACAAUACUGUAGCAAGAGUUGCAUAAGUUUUAUAAGCAAACGCGCUGAUCUGGCGCAUUACAUCCGAGUGAAUUCGUCGCAAGACGGUGGCUGCAGCUGGGACACGGUGGCGUAUACGCAAUCUCCAGGGAGGAAGCACAAAGACGACAUUGUUGCCCCUUGCCAACGCUUGCUUGCUGAUGCAUAUUUUACCAUAUAUUUUUAGUGGCCACACUCCGCACAGCUUCUCCUUUGUUUGCCAUUAUUACAACAUUUUGUGUUUCCAUGGACGCUUUUGCUCUGCUCAUUUUAAUGGCAGUGGCAAUGGCAAUGGCAAUGGCCUCGCCGCACACAGGACACGUUUGGCCAGCACCCAGAUCCCGAUCCUGGCGACAGCUUUUGUGCGUCCGCAUUUGCAAUUCAAUUCGGCGCUCGCUGGCAGGAAGUGCAGUGGCCAUGAAUAUGCAGAGAUAUCCGCAAAGUGCAGCCACAAUGGCCGGCGGAAGUUCGAUUCCCUUGAGGCCAUCAUCAUUAUCGUUGUGGUUAUUGUUUGUGUCGUGGAUCGUAAAUAGGCAAUUAAUCCCACCAUAAUUUACAAUACGUUUUAUGUACGAACGAAUAACCUUGUUAUCAAACAAACUAAAGUCGUUUAGGAACUAAAGUAGUCGACCUAAGCUAUACACACAUAUACUUAAACAUAUAUGUAUACAUUAACGUUGUGAUCAUUUCAAGAAUUAGUUCUUAAGGCACUCCGACCCAGAACGUCGGCCAAUGUCAAGUGAAGUGAAGUCAAGUCAAGUCAAGUAUCCGUAUCCGUAUCCGGAACUGGAUUACCAGAAAUACUUAGCUAUAGGACAACGUACGAGUAAGAGCAAUUUAAUAAAUAGUCGUAAGUGUUUGGAUAGCGGUCGAAGGCGGUAAAAUCAAACAAUUACAAUCAUGCCAUGAAAAUCCUCAAGAGGCCAGCUCCAUAAUAUCCCCAAUUACUCGCUGCGCAAGUUGCUUGAAAUGAAUAACCACCCGAAUCUGGCAUAAAGUUAUUGCAAUAUCCCCUAAAUCACAAAUCAAUCAUUGUGUCUACAAGUGUUACAAAUAAUAGAUACUUUACCCAUGUUUCGCCAUCGAGGAGCCGUGAUCCAGAAGCCUUAAGAACCCAGAAGCAAAUGCUGCAUAGAACACCUUAGAGUAGAGUAAGAUUACAACUUGAUCGAAGCGCACAAAAAACGAGCAUUGUGUUACCAUCGCAAUCUCGAAAUUGUCAGAGCCCAGAUUGAAUAAAGAUCGAAAGCCACAUCUGGGUACAGUAGUAUCCAUAUCGCCCAGCUAAUGGGUAGGUGUGGUACUUUAUAUCCGUACUAUACUAUCCACUGGCGAUCGCCAAGUUAAUUAGGUUCUGAGCUGAUCUACGAAACACGUACAUACCAUUCUGAUCUCUUUCUUUACCUCAAGAAGACAACUUAAACUACUCAAAAGAAAAGCAAUCAAGGCUGACUUUGUACAUAGGGAUUUCAAUGGAAGAACUUGGCGAAAAGCUACGGAAACCGACUUUUACAGCAAUAUAAGUAAGCUCUAACUGAUAUUCAAGCUAGAUACAUAACUGGGCGCACUGCCACAUUGGUUCCACUCCCAGUUGAGUGCUCGGCUAGGAUUCUAGGAAUAGCUGAGGUAGCCAGUAUCUUGAAACAAUUCGACGACAUUAUUUCAAGGUUAACCAAUGCAAAUCGAUAAUAACACAAGGGUACUAGCCCAUUAUUGUUAUAAAUAUUAUUAUUAAUAUACAUUUGGUCGGCUUAAAGGGGGGGUAAGGUUUGAAAGGCCAAAAUAUGGCCACAUAUAAGGAUAUUAUUUUAGUUGUUUGCAACUCUUACGGAGAGUUAUUUGAAAAAUAUAAAAAAUAUACCUCGCUUAAUGAGAAAUUCAGUUUCCUUGUUCCUUUUUCAAAUUUUUAAUUGAAAAAUGUUCCUUUUUUAAAAGAAUUAUAAAAACUUUGCUGUAGCUUCUUUAGAAUUAUACAGAAUAUUUAAAAUAUUGAAAAGCAACAAAAAAAUGGAAAACCUUACCCCCUUUUCAGUGAAGGAUAGACCGUCAAAACACUAAUGAUAUUAGUGUUUCAACCUGCACCCAUUACCGAACUGAUCCCAACUUGAGAAAUGUGUUUAUGACAUGCCUCUUUCCAAACUGAAAACCAUUCAAAACUUGCAUAACUGAAAGCCCGAAAUAGACAUACUUAUAUAACAUACCUAUAUAUACACAUAUUUAAAUGUAACGAUAAUUGUACGAGUUUGGUUCAGGUUUUACCUUGGUUUUCAACUUUACGGAUUCGUCAAAAUGGCUGUUAAUUUUUGAGAAAUAAAAUGCAAACGCAAAACAGUUGAGGGAGUUAGCCGAAAUUGUUGAGCAAGGGCAAUUGUUGAAUUAUUUACAUUUAAGCAACGCGAUGCCUGCGACAGUUUGAAAACAAAAAACAGGAGAAUGUAGUGUAGCCAAUAAAGUAAAACAAAGUAAAGUAAAAUAUGUACUACGAAUCAAAUGCUUCAGCCGCUUGUUGUUUGUUCAUGCCAUUCAAACGUAACUAAUUUUAAGUGAGCCGCUAGGUUUAGAUAAGUAUUACCAAGUGCGUAAGCCGCUCAUGAUCUCUGUUAUUUUUUUUAUAAUAAAAGGCAUGACGCAAUGCAAGUAGAAACAAAUUGUUAAUUGGACAGAAUAGCAAGAGCAACGCACCGAGCAAAAUGUUAAGCAAUCGAGUAUAAAAUGCCGCCGGAAACGGAAGCUGGCAAACUGUACUUAGUGUAGAACGCACAACGAUGGUGUAUGGUGUGGUGUAUGUUCGACGACAACCGUUAGCAAAGUAGAGAACGUUUUUGGAAAAUGCGCUCCGGCGCUGAUAAUAAA